CGGCCGUCUCUGAGCCGCGCUAAACUGCACGGGCUGCGGCACAUGUGUGCGGGACGCACGGCGGCUGGGGGCUCCUUCCAGCGGCGGGCUCUGUGGGUGCUGGCCUUCUGCACGUCACUCGGUUUGCUGCUGUCCUGGUCCUCGAACCGCCUGCUCUACUGGCUCAGCUUUCCGUCGCACACACGGGUGCACCGCGAGUGGAGCCGUCAGCUGCCCUUCCCCGCCGUCACCGUGUGCAACAACAACCCUCUGCGUUUCCCGCGCCUCUCCAAGGGGGACCUUUACUACGCCGGCCACUGGCUCGGGCUGCUGUUGCCCAACCGCACAGCGCGCCCGCUGGUCAGCGAGUUGCUACGGGGCGACGAGCCGCGCCGCCAGUGGUUCCGCAAGCUGGCUGACUUCCGCCUCUUCCUGCCGCCGCGCCACUUUGAGGGCAUCAGCGCCGCCUUCAUGGACCGCCUGGGCCACCAGCUGGAGGACAUGCUACUCUCCUGCAAGUACCGCGGCGAGCUCUGCGGCCCGCACAAUUUCUCCUCCGUGUUUACAAAAUAUGGGAAGUGUUACAUGUUUAACUCAGGCGAGGAUGGCAAACCUCUGCUUACCACGGUCAAAGGAGGGACAGGCAACGGACUAGAGAUCAUGCUGGACAUUCAGCAAGAUGAGUACCUGCCCAUCUGGGGAGAGACAGAGGAGACGACGUUCGAAGCAGGAGUGAAAGUUCAGAUUCACAGUCAGUCUGAGCCGCCUUUCAUCCAAGAGCUGGGCUUCGGCGUGGCUCCAGGGUUUCAGACCUUCGUGGCCACACAGGAGCAGAGGCUCACAUAUCUGCCCCCACCAUGGGGCGAGUGCCGGUCCUCAGAGAUGGGGCUGGACUUCUUUCCUGUUUACAGCAUCACCGCCUGUCGGAUUGACUGUGAGACCCGCUACAUCGUGGAGAACUGCAACUGCCGAAUGGUUCACAUGCCAGGGGACGCCCCUUUUUGUACCCCUGAGCAGCACAAGGAAUGUGCAGAGCCGGCCCUGGGUCUGCUAGCGGAAAAGGACAGUAAUUACUGUCUCUGCAGGACCCCCUGCAACCUGACCCGCUACAACAAAGAGCUCUCCAUGGUGAAGAUCCCCAGCAAGACGUCAGCCAAGUAUCUUGAGAAGAAAUUCAACAAAUCUGAAAAAUAUAUCUCAGAGAACGUCCUUGUUCUGGAUAUAUUUUUUGAAGCUCUCAAUUAUGAGACAAUUGAACAGAAGAAGGCGUAUGAAGUUGCUGCCUUACUUGGUGAUAUUGGUGGUCAGAUGGGAUUGUUUAUUGGUGCUAGUAUCCUUACAAUACUAGAACUCUUUGAUUAUAUUUAUGAGCUGAUCAAAGAGAAGCUACUCGAUCUGCUUGGCAAAGAAGAGGACGAAGGAAGCCACGAUGAGAACGUGAGCACCUGUGACACCAUGCCAAACCACUCUGAAACCAUCAGCCACACUGUGAAUGUGCCCCUGCAGACGGCCCUGGGGACCUUGGAGGAGAUAGCCUGCUGACAGUCCCCGCAAACAGACCUUGAGACCCAAGACCCAGGACAGAGGGGCAGCAAGCUCAGCUGGGAUGGCCCCUGAUGACAGAAAGAAAUAAGAGCCCCCUAUGCACACAUAGCAAACUGUCUGCCAAAACCUCGCUAGAGCCACGCCCGAAUGAUGGUCCUCGGGCUGCCGCGACCUUCCUAGGAGAGAAAAGUCACGCUCUGGAACUAUCCAAGAACCAACCUGCCAUUACAUCUCACUGCCAGAUGUAUAAAGCACUUGCAUGUUCAGACUUCUUACGGCACCACCUCCACGUCUGUCUCUGUACAUGGCAGUUCUCCACAUGGUUUCCAGCUCUCGCUCUGUGAUCCAUACAGCGGGCAGGACCCAUUCCAGCCCCGAAGUCACCCUCAGACCCAGCUGGACUCAAAACUGCACAAGCAAGAAGGAAACCGCAGAACUCUCUAGUAUGUUCCGUCCCUGUGUAAUCCGUGAAGGUUCUGAA